AUGGAUAACUUCACCGCCAUCGCCGAGUGCGAGAGGUCCUUUGGCCCAACAGCAACCGUUUGCAGCGAUCGGUUUGACUUCACCCUCCUCUUCGAACAAUCUGUGCUGAACAUCGGCCCAUCCGCAGUCUUGCUCCUGGUGCUUCCGUUCCGGCUCCAACAGCUCUGUCGCCAACGCCGGAAAGUUUUGCGACAUCCCCUCAACGCUGCCAAGAUCGCAGCAUGUCUUGUCUUUGGCGGUCUUCAGAUUGCCCUGCUGACACUUUGGACAAAAGCACCGCUUUCUAACCAAACCUCGAUCGCCGCCUCGGUGCUGGGUGUACUGGACGCUUUCGCGCUUGGUGUUCUCAGCUAUACGGAGCAUACCCGGACUAUUCGGCCUUCUAGCACCAUUUGCCUCUAUCUCGUUUUUUCAUUGUUGUUUGACGCAGUGCAAUGUCGCACGCUAUGGCUCCUCCCAGGACUGCACGACCUCUCAGUUACUUUCACGGCAAUGUUAUCGGUGAAGCUGGUCAUGUUCUUACUCGAGAUUAAGGGGAAGCGCCGAUUUCUCUUGACUGCUUUCCAGGGCCUGAGUCCUGAAGCCACCAGCGGGAUUGUCUCUCGAGGGUUCUUCUGGUGGCUUAAUGGCUUAUUGGGGAUGGGCUUCAAGGCAACCUUGUCUCCGUCGACGCUUUACGUCGUUGAUGACGAGCUACGGUCUGACCGCCUCCUCCAGAGAAUCAGUGGAUGCCGGGACGAGAAUAGUGGGGGAAAACAAUGUUCACUUUGGUUAUCGCUCUGCAAAGAAACGAAAACCGCAUUUUUCCUGACGGCAAUACCUCGACUUGCCCUAAUUGGCUUCAAGUGCUCUCAGCCCUUUUUGAUUAACAGAGUCAUCAGAUAUGUUGAUGGAGACCGAGGCUUUGAUCCCAAAUCCUUCGGGUACGGUUUGAUAGCCGCUACUGGGCUGGUGUAUCUCGGAAAUGCUUUGUCGAUGGGCUUUUACCAACAUGGACUCUUCCGUUUCAUCACCAUGAUCCGUGGAUCCCUGGUCUCCUUGAUCAUGUCAAAGAACCUCGAGAUCGUCCCAAAUGGGAGCGUGGAUUCCUCGGCACCUCUCACGCUGGUUAGUACCGAUGUGAGAACUAUCUGUAAAUCGUUCGAAGCCAUCCACGAGGUCUGGGCGAACCCAAUCGAAAUCGGCAUCGCCAUCUGGCUGCUUCAGAGGCAGCUCGGCCUUGGAAGUAUAGGCCCAGCCAUCACGAUUUUCGCCUGCACAGUCGGCACGGCCAAGUUGUCGAAGCUCAUGCCUCGAGCGUCCAAGAUAUGGAACGAAGAGAUUCAAAAGCGCAUUACAGUCACAUCGGAUGUGCUUGGCUCUAUCAAGGAGGCAAAGAUGCUUGGCAUGGUAGCGUUGCUGCAACAGGCAAUCCAGGAUCUCAGGAUCUCGGAGCUGGCCAGAGCGAAACGAUACCGUGCCCUAAUCACGUACAUGAACAUGUUAGGCAACACCCCUUCAAUGGUUGGCCCAGUUGUUACCUUUGGGAUCGCAAUCCUCGCCCAGAAAAUCAACGCCGGACUUUCGCUCUCCACUGCCACGGUCUUCACAUCCCUUUCAAUCAUCGGUCUCAUCUCACAGCCUUUAGCUCAAUUGAUCGCCUCGGUCCCAGUUCUUGUAUCAUCCUUGGGAAGUUUUGAGAGGAUCCAGGAUUUCCUCGACCAGAGCACGGCGACAUCGACUACAGCCACUCAAAGGGGCCCUUUAUCAGUAGAUCGUACUGACCGCGGAACAUUUCAACAUGGAGAGGGUUUCGAGAUGGAGGCCGUCUCAGGGCAAGCUCUUCCCACGCCGAGGGAUAUCGCAUUGAUUCAAAACGGCAACUUCUCAUUGAAACCUGGUGCAGAACCAGUUCUACGCGGCAUAAAUCUCCGCAUCAAGUCCUCUACAAUGACUAUCAUCAUCGGGAGAGUGGGAUCUGGUAAGACGACUCUUAUUCGAGGGCUUCUGGGAGAGCUGUCAUCAACCGGGUCGGUCAGAACCUUGGAGGGAGCCGUGGCUUACUGCGCGCAAACGAGCUGGCUCACCACCUCCACCAUCAAAGAUAACAUCCUGGGCGAGACAGCUUUUGACAAGGACUGGUACGAAAAGGUUGUGCAUGCAUGUGCUCUCGUGCAUGAUUUCGCACAGCUCCGUCAUGGAGACCAAACAGUGGUCGGGAGCAAGGGGCAGUCCCUUAGCGGAGGCCAGAAACAGCGCGUUGCUUUGGCACGGGCUGUAUACUCCAGAAAGCCGGUGUUCGUGGUCGACGAUGCGCUGAGCGGUUUGGACGUUGCCACGAGAAAUCAUGUCUGGAAUGGUCUCUUCGAGCCUGAUGGCUCUGCCAACAAUGUUGUGAUCCUGGGUGACGAUGGUCACAUCGCGAACCAGGGGACUUUUGACUCUAUGCGGAGCAGCACCUAUCUGGAGAACCUCUCUAUUGAUAUCAACCGCCGCGACGAUGCAACUUCAUUGGGGGAUAUAGACCCCUUGGAGUCGAAAAAACAGGAUAGACCUCCGAAGAAUGACGCCGAGAUCGAUCCUGAGCAAGACCUUUUGAGAACGGCAGGCGACACUACGCUUUAUUGGUAUUACUUCAAGUCAAUUGGCUGGCAAUAUGGAUCAGCCGGUGCAAUAUUCCUGGUCUUGAACUGUUUCGUCAACGUCUUUCCACAGCUUUGGCUCAAAUUCUGGACUGAAGAUGAUGCAAGAACGGGCUCGGCGGAUACAGCCAUGUAUUUUGGGGUAUACUUUGCCAUAUCGAUGGUUGGUUUGCUUAUUAUUGGGGUCAACAUCUGGAUCAUGUUUGUCGUAAUAGUGCCAAAGUCUUCUCGGAACAUGCACUGGACGUUGCUCCAGUCCGUCAUGAGGGCACCCUUAUCAUUCUUCGUUUCAACCGACACUGGAAACUUGAUCAACAGAUUCAGUCAAGACCUGUCACAUAUUGAUCGGGACCUCCCGUCCGCCUUGUUCAUGACCUCAAUCGCUGUUCUUGACUGCCUUGCUGAAGGAGUUCUCAUCGUCAUCGGUGCCAAAUACCUCGCAGUUGCCAUCCCGUUUGUGUUGGGUAUUCUCUAUUGCCUACAGGCAUUCUAUCUGAGGACAUCCCGGCAGAUGCGAUUUUUAGACCUUCAAGCCCAGGCGCCUCUUCUCACCAAGCUGAUCGAAACGAUUGAUGGGCUCUCGACUAUCCGGGCAUUCGGCUGGCAGGAAGCCUACAAGAGCGCCUCACUCGAUCUCCUGGACCAGGCACAGCGCCCUUACUAUCUGCUGUUUUGCAUACAGCGUUGGCUAACGUUAGUCUUGGACCUCCUUGUUGGCGCCAUCGCCGUGUUGCUCGUUUCAAUAGCCAUGAUGAUCCCGGACGCAACUAGUACUGGCGCGAUAGCGGUUGCGCUUUACAAUGUUCUCAGCUUCAACCGCUCUCUGGCCCACCUGAUCACUUCUUGGACGGAGCUUGAGACUUCUUUGGGGGCCAUCUCUCGACUGAGAACCUUUGAGGCCCAAACGCCAGUUGAGCCAUCGCCUUCCGAAGAAGACUCGGUUCAACUUCGAACUCACUGGCCUGAGCAUGGUCAGAUCGAGAUCACGAACAUUACAGCCUCGUACUCUGCAGAUUCCAGACCAGUGCUCAAUGGCGUUUCCCUGCCAAUCAACCCAGGGGACAAAAUUGCAAUCCGCGGCCGCACAGGGAGCGGCAAAUCGUCUCUCACACUUGCCAUCUUCAAGCUCCUGGGCCUGGACUCCGGUUCGAUUGUGAUCGACGGAAUCGAUAACGUCGGGCACCCACUUAUGGGCACCCCCCACAUUUGGGCACCCCAAAAAUGCCUCAACACCAUGACCAGCCUCCUCAUUCCUCCCACCUCCAACCAUCACAACAAUUACAAUACUUAUCCAAACAACUUCAUUUUUUGGGAAUACCUUCUUCUAUACCUUAUGGUCCAAUACACUGAAGAUGAGGUCCAGCAAGCGAUUGAAGCCAUCAGCAACGGCAUGGCCAUAAAGAGGGCAGGCAUUGUGUAUGGCAUUCCAAGAUCAACCCUUCAGCAUCGACUUAAUGGCAAGCAGGCCAGAAAAGCUGCGUUUUCUGACCUUCAGAGGCUUUCCCCUGAUCAGGAGCAUAAGCUGGCUGAAUGGAUUCGCAUUCAACAUGCCCUUGGAGUUGCCCCAACCCAUCUGCAAGUGAAGCUAUUCGCAGAAAGGAUCCUCCAUGCUAUGGGAGACACAGAGCCCAUAGGAAAGGGCUGGGUUUCUGCCUUCAUGAGGAGAAAUCCUUCAGUCAAGGUUCAGAGAAGUCGCCCUAUCGAUUCUAGACGUGUUAAUGGGGCAUCUACUGAGGUCAUCAGGGACUGGUUCAAACUCCUUGCCAUACCAGAGAUCAUCAGCAUCAAACCAGCCAAUAGAUACAACAUGGAUGAGACUGGUAUCCUUGAGGGCCAGGGAUCUAAUGGGCUGGUGCUGGGCAUGUCUGAGACGAAGUCUGUCCGCAAGAAACAGCCUGGGUCAAGGGCAUGGGUAUCUGUUAUCGAAUGCAUCUCUGCCCUGGGCCAUGCCCUUGAUCCCCUCAUUAUAUAUAAGGGCAAGACAGUCCAGCAGCAGUGGUUUCCUCUAGAUCUUGGCCCUUAUGAAGGAUGGCAAUUUACUGCAACAGAGAAUGGAUGGACUACAGACGACACUGCAGUUGAAUGGCUGCAGAAGGUCUUCCUCCCUCAGACUGUCCCUCAGACUGCCUCCCAGGGCAAGGAGGGCAAGGAUGAGGCUAGACUAUUGAUUGUUGAUGGCCAUGGGAGUCACACAACGACGGAAUUUAUGUGGAUAUGUUAUAUUAAUAACGUCUACCUCCUAUUCCUUCCACCACAUACCUCCCAUGUCCUCCAGCCACUAGACCAGUCAGUCUUCAGCCCUGUGAAGGUGGCCUAUAGGAAGGAGCUUGGAUAUCUCAGUCACUGGAAUGACUCUACUGUUAUAGGCAAGAGAAGCUUCCUUGGAUGUUAUCAAAAGGCUCGUCUGGCAGGCCUGACGAUGCAGAACAUCAGAAGUGGAUGGAAAUGGACUGGCCUAUGGCCUGUUUCUAUAGCAAAGCCCCUUAUGAGCAAGUUGCUGCUCCCAUCAACACCAAGGGCAUCAGAUCAGGCCAGCAAAGGGCAGUCUGGAGGCCAGGGAGAUAAAGAAUGGGCAUCUGCGUCAUCUGCAGUAGUAUGGUCGACGCCAAGGAAGAUGAAGGACCUGGCUGGGCAACUGAAGCUAUUCACAGAGCUGGACAAUGAUGUCCAUACUCAACGCCUCCUUUUCAUGAAGGUGAAAAAAGGCUUCAGCGAGCAGGCCUAUGAGCUGGCAACUGCCCAGCAUAAGCUGGAGCUCCUGCAGGCCCAAGUCACCAAUAAUGCAGCAAGGAAAAGAAGGACAGUCCAGAUCGACCCAAACACCAAGUUCGCUAAUAUCAAGGACAUCCAGAAGGCUCAAAUUGAGGCUGGCGAAAAAGAGGAUAUCACGGAUGAGUCCAGCGAGUCUGAUUUACCUAGUGAAGCUGAAAGCUGUAUUGUGGUGGCAUCUAGAAGAGUGCAAUAA